AUGGAAGAUUCAAUGGUGUAUUUGAUGGAAGAUUCAACGGUGGAUUCGAUGGAAGAUUUCAAUGGCGGAUUUGAUGGAAGAUUUCAACAGUGGAUUCGAUGGAAGAUUCAAUGGCGGAUUCGAUGGAAGAUUCAAUGGUGGAUUCGAUGGAAGAUUUCAACGGCGGAUUUGAUGGAAGAUUUCAACAUGUAUUUGAUGGAAGAUUCAACGGCGGAUUCGAUGGAAGAUUCAACGGUGGAUUCGAUGGAAGAUUUCAACGGCGGAUUUGAUGGAAGAUUUCAACAGUGGAUUCGAUGGAAGAUUCAACGGCGGAUUCGAUGGAAGAUUCAACGGUGGAUUCGAUGGAAGAUUUCAAUGGCGGAUUUGAUGGAAGAUUUCAACAGCGGAUUCGAUGGAAGAUUUAACAGCGGAUUCGAUGGAAGAUUUCAACAGUGUAUUCGAUGGAAGAUUCAACGGCGGAUUCGAUGGAAGAUUCAAUGGUGGAUUCGAUGGAAGAUUUCAACAGUGGAUUUGAUGGAAGAUUUCAACAGUGGAUUCGAUGGAAGAUUCAACGGCGGAUUCGAUGGAAGAUUUCAACAGUGUAUUUGA